CUCAAGUUCAGCCGUCCUCUAUGCAGCGCGUGAAAGUUCCAGUUAAACAUGGCGGCCUUGUGUGCGCGUGCAGUGAGGCAUGUUUUAGCGAUUCCGUCACUUUCGAGGAGGACGCCGCGUCUCCUGUGCACAGCGGCGCAGCAGAAGAGUUCAGGAGGACCGGAGGAAGAUGCCGGAGCUCAGAAACCUGAGCAGGGGGCCGCUGAGAAAGUGUGGGCCGAGGAGAAAGUCCAGCUGGAAGACCAGCUGAAGGAACUUACAGAUAAAUACAAGCGAGCACUGGCUGACACUGAGAACCUCAGACAGAGAGGACAGAAGAUGGUAGACGACGCUAAACUGUACGGAAUCCAGGGUUUCUGUAAGGACCUCCUUGAGGUGGCGGAUAUUCUGGAGAAGGCGACGCAGAGCGUCCCGAAGGAGGAGGUGACCUCGGAGAACCCUCACCUAAAGAACCUGUACGACGGGCUGGUGAUGACUCAGGGGCAGAUCCAGAAGGUUUUCACCAAACACGGCCUGGUGAAACUGGAUCCGGCCGGGCUCAAGUUCGACCCGUACGAGCACGAAGCGCUGUUCCAGAUACCCUUCGAGGGCCAGGAGCCCGGCACGGUCGCCACAGUUACCAAAGUGGGGUACAAGCUGCACGGCCGCACCUUGCGACCGGCGCUCGUGGGCGUGGUCAAAGCGCCAUAAAAACCCAGAGUUUAGUCAGGUUCCGCCUUGACGCGGUUUGCCUGAACUUGCCCGAAUCGUACGGACACUAGAGGACUGAUUUAAUGUGAAUUCUCUUGUAUGUAUAAAAUCAGUUUAUAAUAUCUUAAACAUGAUGAAGCUAUAAGAAGGUGAGAAUGUGUCUUUUGUUUAAUCUGUGUAACAUCCAUUUGUGUAGGAGAUUAUGCUUAACAGUAUGUCGUGAUAAAAAGACAAGCCAGCGUGAAAACAAAUUUUGACAACGCCAUGGGGAGGCUGGGAUAAAAGGGUCCAUGAAAAUGAUAGUAAUCAGGUGUAGUAAUGUUCGUCCAUGACUUUGUGUAUACAAGUAUUAUUUAAAUA